AAAACUGAGUGGAAUUAUUUGCUAUCUUAUAAUCUAAACCUUACUUUAUUCUUGUCUGGGAUCAGUGUGGUUUAAAAAAAAAAAAAGUUUUAAAUUGUGUGUACAUGUUAUACCCACCAAGUCUUGCUGCACUGAAUCCUGCCUUGUAGUUAUCAAAUUAACAGCUCCUGAAAACAGCUGUGUGUUUGUCUCAGUAGGGACUGCGGGACUGGAUCCUGUAAGUUCAAAAAUUAAAACCAGUAGGUACUCUGUUCAUGAUAAUACAAACCCUAAGGCAGUGUAUUGGCAUACGCUGGCCCUUCAGAGCCUAAGGGUGACUUCUCUGUUCUGGGUCAGGCUGAAACACAGGAAAUGACAGUGGCAAGCUGUGAGGCCUCUGAGUCACAACUGGGGGCGGCUUGCUUGGGGAUGGCUGUAGUAGUUCCUGUCCCCAGCUGUCUGCCCUGCCUCCCUUUGUAGGACAAGCAUGCCUGUACUUAUGGAGCAGUUGUUCAACCACUGUAUUGUAUAUUCUGUUUCGGCAAGAAAUAUGCAUACUGAUUUCAAGUUUCUGUAAUGCAGAGAAAGGUAGUUUGAAAUAUUUCAGCAGCUGUUUCUCAAGAAGCUGAGUUGUCCAUGUGGUAGAAGUCAGGACGCAUGGCUGGUGAAAAAGUUCCAAAGUAAGUUUUGUACUGAAAACAAGCCCCAAGACUAUGAAAGUUAUGUCCAGUUAAUAGAUGGUUAUUUGAAACUGCUUCAGACUGCAUUUUUCAGGAAGCAGCAGUCUUGUAGUUCAAGAUAAAGUACGACUUCCCUCUUCUCAGACAAGCAAGACAAUAUAUAGUAAAGACAACGGUAUGCAGUGUGCCAGUUUGCUUACAAGUAAGUCAUACUCUAGGAGGCAGGAGGAAUACUGCUUGCUAGAGUGUUUCAGUUAAAACAUACUGUAUUUUUCUUUUCUUCCUGUCCGAUUCUUGUCACGAAUCGUCUGCCAAAAAAGUACAUGGCAAACGAGAUGCCAUCAAGAAAAUGUAUGAAGUGAAGAAAAGGAUGCUUAGUUCUGAAAUCUUCACUGCAGAUUUUUGGGGAAUUUUGCUUUUAGGUGCAUGGAACUAGAAGAGAUUAAUUUUAAGAGCCAACUGGGAGAAGUUGACUUAAGGUCACCAUCUGUUAGAAGAGAAGUUUAUCUCUGUUUGUACAGAGCCAACACAAAAGAGUCUCAGCCCUGGCAGAGGACUUUGGAUACGUCCAUAACUCAAAUAUAUAAUCAUCUUGUGAUGGGCCUUUGCCCAAAGAGAGCUUCAGAUGACUUUUAGGUAUUCUUAUCUAAAAGUACAUAUUAAAGUAAAUGCAGUAGUCAAGUUUACCAGUUGAGCACUUUUGUGGGUUUUUUUUCCUUGAAGAGAUUUCUCACUAGCUGAACCCCGAGAAUUGUUAAAGGUUUCUUGUAUAGUGAUAAAUAUUCCCUAAGAGUAGUGACUGAGUUGCCGUGUAGCAUUUUCACCUUAGACAGUAAAAUGCUUUUACCAAGACUGUGUCAUUGUGUCCAUUUCAGAGAUGAAGAAACCGGGGCGUGCAGGAGAAAUGUGAUUUUGGUAAAGGUUGCAUGGCAGGCAAAUUGUAGAAGCUGGAACAGAACCCAUGCUUCCUGUGUCUCUGCCUAGGCUGCUCUCUAUUAGUCUUCUGUGCCUGAAGUACAUGCUGAUUUCAAACAAGGAACAUGACAUAGCUGAAUAUCAGCGUAGGAAGUGGUUUUAUGAUCAUCUCGCAGAAAUUUUAACGGGCAUCCCAGUUGGCAACCUUGAAGAUGCUGAAAAGGUGGGACGCAUGCUGUUAGAAAGAGGGUGUAAGCUCGUAAUUGUUACUCUUGGAGCAGAAGGCUGCAUGAUGAUAUCAGUAGAAGAACCCAUUCCAAAGCACGUUCCUGCUGAGAAGGUCAGGGCUGUGGACACUACGGGAGCUGGAGACAGUUUCGUGGGAGCACUGGCCUUCUACCUGGCUUACUAUCCCAAGCUGCCCAUGGAGGAAAUGGUCAGGAAGUCUAACUACAUUGCAUCAGUGAGUGUCCAGGCAUCAGGGACACAAUCUUCAUAUCCUUACAGGAAGGACUUGCCUCAGGACCUUUUCUAAUUGAUAUUGUCUAGCUCAGCGUACUGAUUUUAUCUUAUCCCAGACAGCACUAUUCUCCUGACUGCACAGACGUUCCCCUCCGCUGACUGGAAAGACCAGGAAAGUCUCUUUGCUUAUUUGAAAAAUCCUAUUAGUUCCUGUUCUGCAAUAGUAAAGAUGGGGCUGGGAUGGUUAUCUUUCGAACACAGCACAGGAGGUCUGUCCAGCCCCACACAUCACCCUUGAGCUACUGCGAUCCCAUUCAACCUACUAUACUACAUGGAACGCAUACAAAGUUCACAGCAAUGCAUCAGGAGGGUACUGCGCUCCUGGUACAUUUUGACUUGAUUUUAAUCAGACCUCCUGAUAUGUGAUGCCAGGAAAUGAAGCUUUGAGAUUGUGACUUCAGUUCUCAGUUGCAAGCAGUGAAGUCAGUGUUCAUCAGCACUCGGCUCACUGAAUGCCCAGGGGUCAUCUCCUCCCCAGCUGCAGCUCAUCACACAGCUCUGACACCCCUUCCUGCGUGCCUUGGAUGGGAGCUGCAGCACUUAUUGGGUCACUCACGGUGGAGGGAGCUGACAAUGCUACUGAGCCCAUCUCUGAUACACAUCUGUAGCCUUACUGCUGUAAAGCCUGCACGAGACAGCUAAACGAGAAAACCCUCCAACAAAAUCUGUCAGAGAACAAACCAGAGGACUGAUGUGAUAAUGUAUUUUCUUCAUGACAAAAACCCCAAGUUAAAGCCCUGGCCUACUUACCUGACUUGGAAUAAUACUGCCCAAUUAGCCGUGGUCACAGCUUAUCCAAAAGCACAUCUUAUCCCACCUGCUGCCCACUGCUGCUUCCUAACCUAGGAAGGAGCUGCUGCAAUGCUACUCCUCCUAGGAAUGCCACCACUUCGUGGUCACUACUGUUCAAUCUGCGGCUGGUAGGUUAGAAAAACUUGCAAUCCUGCCAUUGAAUUCCCGCUGUGGAAAAUGUUAAUUUUUAUUGCCUUUUAAAACAAUAGUUCCUUUGAAGAUUAGAGCCUCUUUCACAAUGGAAAACACAAGACAAUGGGAUCUGCCAUUUAUUUUUUUUUAAUUGAGUACUGUAAAAAUAACUCAAAAGAUAAAUAAAUGUUACUGUGAUGAUCUA